GCUCUUCUGCGCGCUUCCCGGCUUGCACAUUGAUCGAGUGGUCUGCAGUACAUACCUGGACAUCUCACGCGCAUGGAGCACCGAUUUCAACGUGCACAGGGCUCAGCGGCUGUCAUGUCGGCGUCGCAACAAGUUGUUCGAGUCGUGCACCCCGUGCCCAACAUCGCGAAGGGUGUAGAGUACUGGCAAGGUGUGCCAGCGACGGUUGAUGGAGUACUUGGCGGCUAUGGUCUCGGCACCCUCCCGCGCGUUGACUCGCUAGGAUCACGGCAAUUCCUACUCAAGCAUCUCAAACGACUUGGCAACAUUGCGCCUGCUAGCGCGGAUCCGGCCGCAUGGAUGGAAGAGAAGGUCCGCUGGAGGGGCGGAGAGUCGAGCAAGGGUCGGGCUGUAACGCGUGCACUUGACUGUGGUGCCGGAGUUGGCAGAGUCACGGAAACGGUCUUGCUUCCGCUUGUUGACGAAGUCCACCUUGUCGAGCCUGUUGUGAAGUUUCUCCUCGAAGCAAAGAAGCGUUCGUCGACCUGGAAACCGAUGAAGCUGCACCCGGAACAGCAGCCUUUUAAUGCGUGUAAGGUCGUACACUUUCAUGAGGCGACCCUGCAACUAUUUGACCCUCGGAACCCGUACGCUCCACCGUCUGCCAAGGCGACUGGCAAGCGAAAAGCGCAUCCCGAUGGACCGCAGACGCCAAAUGAGUCCGCUUUAGUAGCUGGCAUCGAACCUGCAAUUACCCCUACAGUUUCAAUUGCUGGAGACGUAGGAGAGGACCGGUCAUCAGGGGAGGCAGGUGCUGUCCUCGACGAGGUCGAGUAUGACGUUGUUUGGAUACAAUGGUGCCUGCAACACUUAUCGGACUCGGACCUGCUCUCCUUUCUCAAGCGCUGCAAGCAGUCGCUGAAGCCGGCCAAGGACUCUGCAAAAGUACCAAAUGGCAGCACGCAGCCUGAAUGGGCAGAGUCGGAGCGGACGGGAGGGAUGAUCUUCGUUAAGGAGAACGUAUGCGGGGAGAAUGAAGAUGGCUCGGAACGGAGCAUAUGGGACAACGAGGACCAUUCAAUUACGCGCUCUACGAACGCAUAUGAACGGGUCUUUCGGGAGGCAGGCCUUGAUAUUGCGGAUUGUCAGGUGCAGCAUGGCUUGCCCGACGAGCUCUUUGUGGUCAAGAUGUGGGCACUUCGAUAAAAGGAAUCGGCCUGAGGAAUGACAUGCUGAUGUAAGAUACAUGGGUAGAAACGGAUGCGAUCAAGUGCCCGUGCACCAAAAAGGAGGCGCCAAUAAGUCAGUGCACUUCGGAACG